UGUAUUUAUUAAAACGCUUUCUGUCGUUUUUUAACGCCCCGCAGUGAGUGCAGUAUUAUAUAAAAUCUGUAUUAUUAUGAGCAUUUUCAGUCAAAUUGUGUGUGUGUGUUUUUUUUUAGCUGAUUGAAGAUCAACUUUCUAACCUGUACAUGCUAAUUAGCAGUGACGUCAGCGCUCAACCCAGUUAGCAGGGCUAAUGUAAUUGCAAUGGGGCGGUAAGCAUCGUGCUAACAUUAGCGCGGCAAGAGCUGCCCGUGACGACAUGGCGGACAGCGACAGUCAGGGGAAGGAGGCUCGCCAGUGACCGACGAGGUGAGCUUUCUCACCGGGGCUUGUCACAGGUGCUCCUCCGUUUUGUUCACCCGCCACCGCCACCGCCACCACCUCCCGCCCCCGCUCCCCUCGGUGCUCUCCGCCCCUCUCCCCCGAUGUGGCGCACGGGAGGACAGCAGCAGCAGCAGCAGCUCCCCGAGACCCAUCAACAUGGCGCCGCUGCUGGCUCACACGUAAACGUCGUCCAUGUAGGAGAGAACCGGACAAAGCGACGGGACAUGUGAGCUGUUCCACCCCGGCCAAGACCAGGUUUGUCAGGGUUUUCCAGCAUGUUUGGGAAGAAGAAGAAACGGCUGGAGAUCUCGGCCCCGUCCAACUUCGAGCACCGGGUCCACACGGGCUUCGAUCCGCGGGAGCAGAAGUUCACCGGGCUGCCGCAGCAAUGGCAGAGCCUCCUGGCCGACACGGCCAACCGGCCUAAGCCCAUGGUGGACCCCUCCUACAUCACCCCCAUCCAGCUUGCACCCAUGAAGAUAUCUCCCAAGAAGGUGCGGCCGUCCGAAAUGCCCAAAACCAUCGUGCGGGGGAACCGACCCCCCAAAGACGCAUCCAUCAACGGCCUGCUGGAGGAGUUCGACAACAUCUCGGUGACUCGCUCCAACUCGCUGCGCAAGGAGAGCCCGCCGGGCGCGUACCAGGCCGGCGCCGGCGCCAGGCCCACGGCGGGCGCCCGGCCCGGCGGUCCCGAGGAGAACGGCUUCGGCCACUACUACUCGCGCUACUCUUGCGACUUGGACCCCUCCGGCAGCCGGGACUACGCCCUGGACAAGCCGGGCUUUUCUGUGGACGGGGACUGGGCUGUGGGGCGGCACUACCGCUUCACCAAGCACAAUGGCCACUCGCACCAUAUCCGCAGCCCCUUCUACCCGGACGCCAUGCCCCAAAAGUCGGACUACGGCAAGCUCCCGCCGGACUACCACACCUACCUGGAGAGCAAGGGGCGCUCCACGGACGAGGUGGCCUCCACGGUGGGGAGCGGGGUGGGCUCCAGCGGCUACUACCGGGCGUCGGUGGGCGGCUCGUCCAGCCAGGACUACCGGGACACGUCGGUGGGGACCCCGUCCCGCGCCUCCCUCCGCAGCGAGCAGAUCAACUACCCGGACAGCGAGUGGAGCUACGGCGCCACGCGGGACGACUACGACAAGAGGCCCAAGAGCUCGUACGUGAUGCAGACCAGCCCCACGCCGGCCAUCAGGCAGCGGUCCCGCUCGGGCUCCGGGCUCCAGGAGCCCAACGUCCCCUACGCGGCCGGCGGGCCCUUCAAGAACCCUGCCCAGGCCCACCCGUACAGCUCCUACACGUACCCGCGCCUGUCGGAGAGCCUCGCCGCCUCGCAGACCAUCAGCAAGGGCGACUACGAGCGUCCGUUGCGGGACGGCAGCCCCCACGCGGCGGCCAGGGACUCCUUCCCCCGCGGCCCCCUCAAGCUACCUCAGAACCACGCCAAGCCCCCCGGCUACCCGCCCGUGCACCUGCCCUACCCGCCCGUCUUUCACCAUUACAAGCCGUCGCCCUACCACCACCCGCCGUCCCAGCCCAGCCCGCCGUACACCCCGCAGGGGGCGUACUCCCAGCCGUCGUCACCCUACAUCCCCCCGGGGGCGUACCCCCCACCCUCGUGGGGCUCCGGCUCCGACACUCAGCCCUCCAGGGUGUCCCACGAGCAGUUCCGGGCCGCUCUGCAACUAGUAGUCAAUCCAGGCGACCCUCGCGAGUACCUGGACAGCUUCAUCAAGAUCGGCGAGGGCUCCACGGGCAUCGUGUGCAUCGCCAGCGAGAAGCACAGCGGCAAGCAGGUGGCCGUCAAGAAGAUGGACCUGAGGAAGCAGCAGAGGAGGGAGCUGCUCUUCAACGAGGUGGUGAUCAUGAGGGACUAUCACCACGACAACGUGGUGGACAUGUACAACAGCUACCUGGUGGGAGACGAGCUGUGGGUGGUCAUGGAGUUCCUGGAGGGAGGGGCGCUCACCGACAUCGUCACGCACACCAGGAUGAAUGAGGAGCAGAUCGCGACGGUGUGCUUGUCGGUGCUGCGUGCGCUCUGCUACCUCCACACGCAAGGCGUCAUCCACCGGGACAUCAAAAGCGACUCCAUCCUGCUCACCAGCGACGGACGGAUCAAGCUGUCCGACUUCGGCUUCUGCGCCCAAGUGUCCAAAGAGGUGCCCAAGAGGAAGUCGCUGGUGGGGACGCCAUAUUGGAUGGCGCCGGAGGUCAUCUCCAGACUGCCUUAUGGGACGGAGGUGGACGUGUGGUCGCUGGGCAUCAUGGUGAUCGAAAUGGUGGACGGCGAGCCCCCGUACUUCAACGAGCCCCCCCUGCAGGCCAUGAGGAGGAUACGCGACAACCUGCCCCCGCGGCUAAAAGAGUCCCACAAGGUGUCGUCGGUGCUGCGCUCCUUCCUGGACUUGAUGCUGGUGCGCGAGCCGUCCCAGCGGGCCACCGCGCAGGAGCUCCUCCAGCAUCCCUUCCUCAAACUGGCCGGACCGCCGUCGUGCAUCGUGCCCCUCAUGAGGCACUACCGCCACCGCUGAACACACACACACACACACACACACACACACACACACUUUUGUGGUCCCAGACCCCCCCUCAGCCCCCCCCCCCUCCCCCUCCCACCCUGUCGACAACACUCGCACUCGUAACCGUGACGUAGAUUAUUAGCUAACCCAUACGAAGUACCGAGAAAAUAUUGAACUUUACGUGGACAUGAGACCCCCCCCGCCCCCUUCUACAACGUGGGCGGGGCCUCGGCCCGUCGCCCGCACUUGUAUUUUCAUCAAGAGCAACUUGUAAGAUUGAGUGUACAGUUUUGAUAACUUUGAGUAUUUGAUGGUGUGGUAGCCAUUGUGAUAUGAGCAGUAUUCAAUAGACUUUCCUACUCUUUAUAAUACACUUUUUUUCAUUGAUAAAUAUAUUUAAAAAAUAUAUAUAUAUACACACACACACAAACACACACACAUAUCCCAAAUAAAACCACUUGAAUCCAGCUGUUACUAAAAAAAAAAAAGAAACAAAAACCUAAAUAUAUUUAUUAUUAUGAUCUAUCUUUGUAGACAGAACUUCCAUUAAACGGGCAAAAAAAAAAAAAAAGAAAAAGGGUAAUAUUGAACAUUUUCUAUGAGCUUUUUCAAGUAUUUAUUUAUUUAUUGCAAUUCAUUUUUGUCUCGUGUGGCCUUUUCUUUUCCUCAUUCGUUUUCUUAAUUUAAAAAAAAUAUAUAUUUCAUGCAAAAGAAACGGUCAACAGGGAUCUGCUUGAAAAGCAGUGAAAUAGCAACGUGAUGUUGUUUUUGUCAAUAAAAAUAUAUAUUUAAAUGAUUAAAUAACCCAGCAAUCAUUCAAAUAUGAAUACAUACAUAAAUAUUUUCAAUCAUUGAAACCAGAUAUUGUAAGUGACCAACUAUAAUAAUCACUGACAAUUUACUGCAUAUGAUACAUUUAAUAUUUCUUCCCGGUUGGGCAGAAUCCUUUCCAAAAAUGAAUUCAACUCCUAACAGCACAUUUUUAAAACUUGCAAUUAUCGCAUUAAUCGAUGAUUUAGAUGCUCUAAUCGCACAACUAUAUUAAAAUUAAAUGAAGUCUGUGGCCGGCCAGUUUUCCUUCUGCCCCGAAUCAUUCCAAAAAAAAAAAAAAUGCCUACACAAAUGUACUCAAGUACUCAAAACUCAACUACUUUGACUCGAUAUUGUCUAAAAUAAAUAAACAAUAUUUGGCCAGAGGUUUCUGCCUGACAGCCAUGAUUUUUGCAAAAUGUAUUUUAUUAUAUCUAUAAUCUACAACGAAUAGUAUAAUUUUUUUUAAAUUAAGAGAAAUGAAGACAAAUUAUACCAUUUAUUAAAAAACGUUUUUUAAAGUCCACAUUACAUGAAUUGCUGUAUUUGUACGUUUUUUUUAAUUCUAGAAAUAAAAUAAAUUCAUACUUACUGCACAAUAUUAUUUACACAUUGGUUUUAUUUUAUUAAAUAAAUAAAAAUAAAUACAAUACCUUCAAAUAAAAAAAUGUAGGAAAAUAUAAAUAUAAUUUUUUUUAAUCUACAGUAACAGUUGAUUUUGCAAGCAACCAAUCAUGUUAACAUAAACAUUUUUAUGAUUUGCCUGCAUAUGUGAAGUUAUCGCAGGGAGCCGUCGAAGCCGGUGUGUGUCUGACGCACUUAUUGUAGCACACAACAUUGAAGGAAAUCAUGAUCACCAUCAUCACAAUAAUAAUAAACUACUUUUUUACACCAGAGGCAAGCUAUAAAAUGAAAAAAAAAAAAUGAUUCCACGUCAUUGGCCUCCAUUUUGACCCAUCAGUCACUGUGAUAUGUAAAUAACGACUGCGUGCGUGCGUGUUUGUUGUACAGUGAGUGACGCUUGCAUGUCUGUGAAGAUGCUUUCGAUUAAAACAAACUUCCAUGAGAACAUUCGUCUUGUUGCAUGGAUCACUUCUUUCUCUCCUCUCCGUCAUCUUCACUUCUUUUCGUCGUCUCAUCAA